CAUCCCCCAUAUCACCACCACCACCCAAACCACAUUCACGAAUCCCCAUCACAAUGCCCCUUCCACCCAUUACCCCACCUCUCCUCAACUCCGCAAACCCAUGGUGCACAACCGUUGAACAGCUCCAGGAACUUUACGACAGUCCACAUACAGGCGCCAUCACAACGCGCACAUCGCUCCUAAAAGGCUUUCCACACGACCCCACGCACCAUCAAUUCACCUUUUUCGAUCCUUCCACGCACAGUGUCAGCACGCCGAACAAAGACCUCGCCGGCGAUGGGCAUACGACGGGAAGUUUGAAUACGUUGGGAUACUCACCAAUCCCCUUAUCCGAGUAUCUAGAAUAUCUAAAGACGAUUAGUGAUGCCAUCCCCUCCACCCCACCAAACGGAAGAAAGACCUUCAAGCCAGUAAUCGUGUCUGUAACAGGAUCCGCGGAAGAAAUAGCGGAAUGCUAUAGCCUCAUCUGCGUCCACCAGUCUACCGUUAACAUGCCACUAGCCAUGGAAAUCAACCUCUCGUGCCCCAACAUCCCUGGCAAAACACCGCCAGCGUACAACCCCGCUGCUCUCCGCGAAUACCUGACUGCGCUCAAAGUCGCCAUCGACAUUGGCUUGACGAAAAGCGGAGGCGUAACGCAAAUUCCCGUUGGAAUCAAAAUCCCCCCUUACACAUACAGCGAGCAGUUCGAGGGCUUAGUAGGCGUAUUGGCGGAAAGUGGGGAGAACAGCAUGAAACCCGUAUACCUACCCACACCAAUAUCCUUCAUCACAGCUGUAAACACACUCGGCUCUUCUUUACUCCUCUCAGAUGGAGAAAGUACAACACCCGCCCUGAACUCCGCAAACGGUACCGGAAUAGGCGGUCUAGCGGGCGCGCCGUUACAUCCUCUUGCGCUGGGUAAUGUGGCUACGUUACGGCGGUUGCUGGAUGGGUCUGGCUCUGAGGAGUUGAAAGGCAUUGUGAUCAUAGGGGUGGGUGGUGUGGAGGAUAAGGGCGGGUUUAAGAGAAUGAGGAGUGUUGGGGCUGGAGCUGUGGGUGUCGGGACGGCGUUGGGGAGGAAGGGUGUGAGUGUAUUUGGGGAGAUUGUUGGCGGUGCUGGUGCUGGAGGGGUGGUUGGGUAGAUGAGUAGCUGGUCUUUUGUAUUUUUUUUUUUAGGAUAGGGCCGUGUUGAGCAAUCUGUACAUGAUGUAACACCACUUCCACCACUAACAUGACGAAAAAACUAUCAAUGUUCAAAACGCUGCAUUAAUGAGGCUAGCGCUACCCUACUCUUUUCAUGAUAAUAUACAAGAAACCCAACCAGACUCCAAAUCACAAACUCGCCCUGUCUCGAUAAAACCCAGAAUGAGAAA